AUGGCGGUGAGUGAAAGGGAAGCACAACAGCCUCAGCGAACAAGCGCUGCCCGAAACGGUGGAACAGAUGAUGUGCGGGAACUGCAGGAAAUACCGACAACAAACACUCGCUCGAUGGGCGAGACGCUCUGGAAUGACGGUGGAAACUCUACCACCUUCGGAAGCUUUCGGAAGCUUUCGGGUGGCAAAUCCCGAACGGGGUUCGGUCGGAAAAACUCGUCGCCCGUGGUACGCAACCGGGGUAGGCGACCAGAACACGCAACGGGGGAGAGACGGCAUGUUAUUAAUACGGUUCGCUCGAUGCGGACACAUUUCACUGCGAGUUGCGACACCGAACGAUACGGACGGCUCAAAAGGGGGCACACGCUUCUUGGUCGCUCGCCACCCACACCGUGGGACGUGAUUUGCUUCUGGCAGUGUGGUGACUUGGAUUGGGGUUUUCAAUGAUUCAAACGGAAGCAAUUGGUUGAUUUAUAACGUCCCCUUGGAAAAUUGCGAUAAAUUCAAAGAAUGGACCAAAAUUCUACACCAAAACUAUCAUCUUGCCAAUCCAUCUGUAGAACAGUGUAACCCAUUCUUUACGACUGUUAUUUCACUACAUCCUGAAUCGCUGAAAUUGUACACAUCCGCAAAAUCAAUAUUGAACAGGGUUGUUUUGUUACUGCUACCGGCAAGCGUGGCAAUCAAACGAAAUUGAUCUUGCCGACACAAACCGAAAGUCAUAACAUCAUUAAUCUGCUCGCGUGAUCGCACAUCGACCGUCAAUCUUUCGCCCACCGCUUCCGGCUCAAGCAACACGGCUGGACAAUGUCCAUCGGUUUGCUGACGCGACUGUGUAACGGAAAACAUCUCGUCAAUUUGAGCCAUCAGUCUAUUUGGCGGGUGUAACGUUUUCAAUUCCUUUCCGUUCUGUCCAGUUGUUUCCGGUAGUGUGUACAUUCAAACGAAAAAGAUUUACCCGACUGUUUUCUCAUUACUGCUUGCUGUUUCAUUUCAGAUCAGAUCUCUAAAUGGUUUUAUGUGUUUUUCUUGCAAAAGUGCGAUGGAUGGAUGCAAUUUUCUUGAAAUUGAAUUUAAGCAAAUUUUGGAAAAUCGUUACCAUCAUUACCAACACCUCCCACUGUCUCCAACGACAGCAGGAUGCGUUUCUCGCACCUCGUCGUGCAGCUCCUUUCGCUUUACGCCGUUGGUGUAAACAAUCUUUUCCGCUCGGGUGCAUUGUUUAUGCGACAACGAUACAUAUUCCAUUACCGCUGGCCAUAUGGGGACGGGUUCAGGUACAGUUGGUGUUGGUUUUUUUGCUGGUGGUGAGAGUAUGCUUGUGCGUUGUUGAGUCAUGCAAAAAAACCCCCGCAACGAGGAUGGGCACUGAACCAUCCCCACUCGGUUAAGCAUUUGCAAAUAUGCUGGCAGUGGUAAUAAACCCUUGAAUGGAUGGGUUUAUUUUUGUCUCUGUGAAGCUCUUCAAUAAACGAUUUGGCGUACCGUUGUUGGUCAGUGUUUUGAAGGGCUUUUUUGUGGUGCCGUGACCAGGAUUUGAGCUCCCUUGUUGGUUGCAAGUUUAUUGCUUCAAUUUCGUAAUGGAAUUCGUGGCGCCAUGAUCAAGCUUAAGGGUUUGAAGACUUGAUAAAAAAAUACUUUAUU